AUGGAAAAUAGUAUCAGCCUUGAAAACGUAGGACAAUAUCUUCAACAAACUUAUGGAGGCAGAGUUCUUCCUAUAUUGUAUAUAUGGGGUAUAAAGUUGUUAGCAGUCGGUCAAAGUAGUACUAUAACUGGUACUUACGCCGAACAAUUUAUCAUGGGAGAUUUUCUUAAUUUAAGGUUGAAGAAAUGGCCGAGGGCAUUGAUUACUCGGAGUUUCGCAAUUGUUCCAACAACGAUAGUUGCUCUUUGGUUUGAUACUGCAGAGGAUUCACUAAUUAUUCUGAAUGAGUGGCUUAAUGUACUUCAGUCUGUUCAGAUUCCCUUUGCACUUAUUCCUUUGUUUUGUUUGGCGUCAAACGAACAUAUCAUGGGCACUUUCAAAAUUGGCACUUUCUUUAAGGUGAUUUCUUGGUGUGUGGCUGCUCUUAUGACAGUGAUUAACGACUCUCAGUUGUUGGAAUUCUUCUCAUCUAAAGUGAAUGGAAUAAUAGUUGGUGCUAUAGUGUGUGUAGUAACCGCUACAUAUGUUGUAUUCAUCAUAUAUCUUAUUUUGCGUGCCACUACAUUCUCCGUUGUUCUCGAUUUGGCAAAGGCUAACUCGGUCACGGCCAACGACAUACUUUCCUUGGAUAGUUGA